AUGAACUAUGGAUAUGGGUACACCCAAAGUCACAAGUCAGAAGCAUCUUCUUCCAGUGCUCACUCUGACGAUGAAGUCAUAUUAGCGUCAGCGAGGCCAAAGAAACGAGCGGGGCGAAGAGUGUUCAAGGAAACGAGGCACCCGGUUUACCGAGGAGUGCGACGAAGGAACAAAAACAAGUGGGUUUGCGAGAUGCGAGUGCCUAACGACAAGUCUAGGAUUUGGUUGGGAACAUACCCAACGCCUGAAAUGGCUGCACGUGCACACGAUGUUGCCGCGCUUGCACUUCGUGGAAAGUCAGCUUGUCUCAAUUUCGCAGACUCCGUGUGGCGGUUGACGGUGCCAGCUUCAACUGAUGCGGAGGAGAUAAGAAGAGCGGCGGUGGAGGCUGCUGAAUCAUUUGCGGAUGAGGGCAACAACAAGCUGGAGCAGCAGCAGCAUAGUGUGAAGGAUAGUAUAGAUGAUUAUGAAGUUUGCAUGGUAAUGGAAGAUGCUAAUAAUAAGGCUAUGCAACAAGAGGGGAUGACUAUGGAUGAAGUUCCGCCGCCAGUGUCAGAAUUUGAAGACUUGCAUGAUUUGCUUUUGCGUAUUGCGGAUGAGCCUUUGCUGUCUCCUCCUCCUCCUGCAAGAGAUGGUGGGGACUGGAAUGACGUGGACAUACUUGAUGCUGAGGUGUCACUAUGGAACUUUUCUUUUUGA